AGAGGGAUGCUGGGGCGGUUCAAGCGAGAUCGAGUUCACGCCAAGUGAAGUACGGCAGUUUGUGUCAGACCACGGAGCACGGAAGAUGCUCCCGGUUGUUUACGGAACGGGUGGACCACCCUCGUCGCGGUGGAGGCGCCGCGCCACUAUUUUUCUCGGUUCCGCGUCUGGAAACACCAGAAACAUCGCUAAUUCUUCUUGGAUCAUCAAGCCAAUAUCCACUGCCACCGUGAUGACCACCGCUUUGGGCCUUUUAAUGGUAUUGCUGCCUGCGGCGUAUCCGGAGAAGAUCUCCAUCGGUGCAAUUUUCGAGCAGGGUACCGACGAAGUUCAGUCAGCCUUCAAAUUUGCGAUGUUCAACCACAACCAGAAUACCACAACUCGGAAGUUUGAAUUCCAGGCUUUCGUAGACGUAAUUAAUACCGCGGAUGCUUACAAGCUAUCUCGCCUUAUUUGCAGUCAAUUCAGCAGAGGGGUGUUCUCCAUGCUGGGCGCCGUCAGCCCGGAUUCGUUCGACACCCUUCAUUCUUACAGCAACACGUUUCAAAUGCCAUUCGUGACGCCCUGGUUUCCCGAGAAGGUUCUGACACCGUCCUCCGGUCUCCUGGAUUUCGCCAUAAGCAUGCGUCCGGAUUAUCAUCGCGCUAUCAUCGACACAGUGCGAUAUUACGGAUGGAAGAAAAUCAUCUACCUCUACGACUCCCACGACGGUCUGCUCAGGCUGCAGCAAAUCUAUCAGGGUUUGAAGCCGGGAAACGAAUCGUUUCAGGUCGAGACGGUGAAACGAAUACAAAAUAUGUCCGAGGCGAUCGAUUUCUUGCGCAGUUUGGAGGAAUUGAAUAGAUGGAGUAACAAAUACGUCGUACUCGACUGCCCCACGGACAUGGCGAAAGAUAUCGUGGUAAGCCACGUGAGGGACGUCGCGCUUGGGAAAAGAACGUACCACUAUUUAUUAAGCGGAUUGAUAAUGGACGAUCGAUGGGAGAGCGAGGUGAUCGAGUACGGGGCCAUCAACAUCACCGGAUUUCGCAUCGUGGACGCGACACGGCCCUACGUUAAAGAUUUCCUGGCUGGAUGGCAUCGCCUCGACCCGGCCACGUCUCAAGGAGCUGGCCGCGAAUCCAUUUCUGCGCAAGCUGCGCUGAUGUACGAUGCCGUAUUCGUCCUCGUCGAGGCGUUCAACAAGUUUCUGAGAAAAAAGCCUGACAGAAGCAACGUGAGACGGACCGGAAUUCCUGGAAGCAGUCAGAUUACUAACGGCACCAGGGCGCUGGAUUGCAAUAGCAGUCGGGGCUGGGUGACACCGUUCGAAUAUGGCGAUAAAAUUUCCAGGCUACUCAGAAAAGUGGAAAUCGAGGGGCUGACAGGGGAGAUCCGCUUUAACGAUGACGGUCGCAGGCACAAUUACACCCUCCACGUUGUCGAGAUGACGGUCAACAGCGCCAUGGUCAAAGUGGCUGAAUGGACGGACGAGGCUGGAUUCCAGGCAAUCGCGGCAAAGUACAUUCGACUUCGACCGCACGCGGAAAUCGAGAAGAAUAAAACCUACAUUGUCACAACCAUUGUGGAGGAACCGUAUAUUAUGCAGAAAAAAUCGGAUAGCGGAGAGAUAUUGACUGGAAAUGAUAGUUACGAGGGCUACUGCAAAGAUUUGGCUGAUCUCAUAGCUAAGAAACUGGGAAUAACGUACGAACUUCGUAUAGUAAAAGACGGUAAAUACGGUAUGGAAAAUUCUGACGUUCCCGGUGGUUGGGACGGCAUGGUCGGCGAGCUGAUCCGCAAAGAGGCGGAUAUUGCGAUUGCCCCCAUGACGAUCACGUCUGAACGUGAACGAGUGAUCGAUUUCAGUAAACCCUUUAUGUCACUUGGAAUCAGUAUAAUGAUCAAAAAGCCCAUCAAACAGAAACCGGGGGUUUUCAGCUUUCUCAAUCCUCUGAGCAAAGAGAUAUGGGUGUGUGUGAUCUUCUCGUAUAUCGGUGUGUCCAUCGUUCUUUUUACCGUGUCCAGGUUCUCCCCUUACGAAUGGCGAGUACUGACACUGAGCAGUGGUGGUGAUCCCACAAUGGGGACGAGAAACGAUCCCACGCUGCAACAUCCGCACGGGUCGCAGGGAUCACCUCAUAUACCCACCUCGAGCAUGGCGAACGAUUUCAGUAUCAUAAACAGCCUUUGGUUCGCUCUAGCCGCUUUCAUGCAGCAGGGUUGCGACAUAUCGCCCAGAUCGAUAUCAGGACGAAUAGUCGGCAGCGUGUGGUGGUUCUUCACCCUGAUCCUAAUCUCCUCGUACACCGCCAACUUAGCCGCUUUUCUAACGGUGGAGAGGAUGGUCGCGCCGAUUAACUCGCCGGAAGACUUAGCCUCGCAGACGGAAGUGCAAUACGGCACGUUAUCUCACGGCUCAACUUGGGACUUUUUUCGCAAAUCGCAGAUUAAUUUGUACAGCAAAAUGUGGGAGUUCAUGAACUCGAGGAAGCACGUGUUCGUGAAAACGUACGACGAGGGUAUUCGAAGGGUGAGGACCAGCAAAGGGAAGUACGCCCUGUUGAUCGAAAGCCCGAAGAACGAGUACACGAACGAGAGAGAGCCCUGCGACACGAUGAAGGUCGGCAGGAACCUUGACGCCAAGGGUUUUGGAGUGGCCACGCCAUUGGGAUCCCCUCUCAAAGAUCCGAUAAAUCUGGCCGUGCUCUCGUUGAAAGAGAACGGAGAACUGACGAAAUUGGUGAACCGAUGGUGGUACGAUAGAACAGAAUGCAGGCACGGUGACAAACAGGACGCCUCCAGAAACGAAUUAUCCCUCAGCAACGUGGCAGGGAUAUUCUACAUUCUUAUCGGUGGGCUGUUUAGCCCUAGCCGUUGCAUUGCUGGAAUUCUGUUACAAAUCGCACACGGAAGCUACCAGAGCAAAAAUCCCGUUGUCGGACGCGAUGAAGGCGAAAGCCCGAUUGACGAUCGGCGGCGGUCGAGAUUUCGACAAUGGCCGGUACUACGCACCGGCAAACGCGAUUGGCAAUACCGAGGGCGACCAGGUGCACAGCAAUACGCAUACCCAGGUGUAAAUUACCUGGAAAGCCACAGCAUGGAAAGCCCUGGCGAGUCGCCCGCAAUCUCCCUGCCCACGCCUCCGCCGCCGCCCCUGGUGGCGUCUCUGCCUCCACCGCCGCCGCCCCCGCCGCCCAGAAGACCGCAACGAAGAAGCGUCACCUUCGCUGAAUCGCCGCCAAAGAGCCCGAAGAGGACGAGGUUCUCGCCGUUCCUGCGAAGGCCGAGCAUCACCAUGCUGGACGUCGCGGUGCCCUGGACACCGGCUUCGCCGCGGGUCUGGUCCGGCCGUCCCGGCGACUACAAGCCCGAAUACAUCAUUUAAGAAGAUAUAUAUAUAUAUAUACAGACGAACGAGAAUGAGAAGAGGAAGAGGAAGUUAGGAGCUCCUUACCCUACGUGGAGGAGCUGGCUCCCACAGCUCCUCGGAACAUCCAACGAUCCAAUUGACAACCCGCGUUUGCCGCUAGUCGAAUCAUCGCGACUCUCGUUCUCUCGGCGCCGAUUAUUUAUAAAAAUAUAUAUAUAUAUAUAUAUGUAUACACAUUGGACGAUGAAAUUGGAUUCGAGAGAUUUCGAAGGAAGUCGGAGGGGAGCGAUUUUUCGCAAGUUGAUGGAAUAAGGUGAGAAGGGUUGUUUUCAAGUUCCUCGAAUCGUACUGCCGCACGCGUGAUUUGAGAUCGUCGAGACUUGAGACUUAGAUCGUUUUCGAUUUCACCGCGGGGAUCGAUACGCAUCGGUUCGAGAGGGACGAAGAGGAAAGGUGUGCGUGCGUGCGUGCGUGUGUGUGAGCGAGCGUGUGUGUUCCGAGAGAAGAUAAAGAAAAACUGGAAGGAAAUGCCUCCUCGUGGUUUGUACAUUGUAUAUAUUGCGCGCGUAAUAAUAAUGUAAUAAACGUAAACGCGAAAGGGCGAAGGAGAAAGUGAAUGGUGAGGACUCAGGGUAACUGAGUAAGAGGAGACGAGAGUACGACGAGCUAUCGAACGCGGCUAUCGAUAACCGGGCGAGAACGGGUCGCGAUAUUCGAUAUAGUAGAAUUCGAUGGUCCUGGGGUGGGUGCAUGUGCAACUACUCGACAACACAACUCAACUGCCAUUUCCGUGGGAGGGGACCGCAUAAGUGUCCCCGCAUACACGUGUAUGUAUACGUAUACGUGUUUCGGGAGCGAAAAUGAAGAAUGGUCGACCGUUUGAGAGAAGAAAGAGGAUGAGGUUCGUGAAAAGGAGAAGAGAAAAGAGAAAAAAAGGAAAGGAGAAGGUUGACCAUUCAUUGCUUACUUUAUUAUUACGUAUAUUAUUAAUAUCGUUAUUAUAUUCUUUAUUAAUAUUACCGCGACGUUUUUUUUCUUAUUACGAGUUCGUUUACAAAUUUGUAUUUGUACAACGUUGCGUAUUUUAUUGUUGCGGGAAUGGAGAAAGAGGAACAGGGAGGGGGGAAAGGGGGGAGAGGAGGGGAAUAGAGACAGGAGGAU